AUGUUAAGAUGUUCGUCAUCAGGUCAAACUGGUAGAAAUGCAUACGAUAAUAUUGAUCAAGCCGAAAACGAGAUGUUCAACAAAGCUGAAGAAGCCUGCGCUCGUAAAUUAGUAGAAUGGGGUAGUGACCCAAUUGAAUAUUACAAUACGGGGCAGCUAUUAUCCGACCAAUUCCGACCUAAUCGUGAUUGGCAACAAUAUUGUAAUCCGUAUUAUAAGCCUCGCAAUAGUACUAAUUUUUUAUUCGCACGUCAAGGUACUAUUAAAAAAUCAAUCAAGUUAAUUCUCAACCGAGGAGCAGCUUUAACCCAAGCACAUAAAGAGAUUAAGCCUCAAGCAAAUCGUCUUGAACGAAGACGAUGUGUGAGUUUUAAUCAUCUGAAAAAACGUAUUGGUAAAUAUUUGAGAAGACAACUUACGCCAUCUGAUCCUGUCGUCUUGCAAGCUAUCGAAGAUUGGGUACUUUUAUCGGAGGGAAUUGACUUCGAUGAUACUAAAACAAGGAUAAUCAAACCGAAAAAUGAAAGGAACAAAAACAUUGAAUCAUCCAACGACUUUGAAAACUUUGACGGCAAUGUAAUAGAAAACUUUAACGGGAAUUGUAAUAGAAACCACAAUGACGGCCUGCUAAGUGGAAAUAAGGGAACGGUUGAAUUUAGUAACGGAGAAAAUAAUAAUAAAUACUACCAAGAGGCAAAAGAAGAGAGACAAGAAAUCGAUAAUGGAAAUAAUAACGAAAAUUAG